AGAGGAUGAUGCGGCUGAUGCAAAGCAGGGCGGCUUUGGACAGGUGGAGGCAGCUGUGGAGCAAGUCGGUGGCCAAGUCCCGGAUCAGGUACUAGGGCUCAGCCGCCACGGAGCAGCCCAAUACCUGAUCCCCAGGUGCAUUUAGCAUGCCUGUUGGUCAGAAAGAUGGGGCUCCUGACCCUCCAGAGGCUGACUGGCUCUCCUCCUGCUGGGGCCUUGCCUGGCAAGGGCAGUAGCAGAAGGGGCGGAGGGGGGCCAGCCAAGAAGCCGUGUUGCCAGGAGGCAGCCCCCUCCCCUGGAGAGCUUCAGUGGGCCAGCCCUUGUGUUCAGAGGGUAGGGGGAGUGUGGCGGCCCUGCCCUUCCCUCGGCCCUGCUGGCAAAGGAACAGGGGCGCUGCCAGGGAAGGGGCCGCACCCGUAAGGCUGGCCAGGCUUGGCAGGACAGAUUGUGGGAAGACAGUGGCCGGUGGAACAGCCCCCUGCAUUAGCUUGGGAGGGGAGUCGGAGUCCAGCCUGCAGAAGCAGCCAUGGCUCAGUAGUUUCCGCCCUGUGAAAUUUGUUCCAAGGCUGCACCCUGCAAAACACACGGGAGCCCGGGUUCACGUAACACCUGGGCCUGGCUUUUGGGGGGCUCCCCGUGAAUGAAAGCAAGGCAGUUGAGCCAAAAUGAAUCUUCUCCAAGAGGUCCCUGGGGAGCAAUGGAGGAAGAAAGGGGUGUCCGGGAUCCUGGCCAAAGGCAGGGAGAGGAGCCCCUCUUUGGGGCCUUUAGAGAUCACAGGAGGGCCGGGGGCAGUUCGGAUCCCUGGGGGAACCGCACUCCAGGCGCUGCUCCAGGGAAGGUGGGCUCCUUGGUCUCCAUAGGUGGCCUUGUGCCAACCCUGCCAGGUGGAAAUUCUACGUUCUGGGCCGUUCAAGGGGUUGGCAGUGGCCCCUUCCCACCUUCAGUGACUGACGACAUCUCCUUUCGCAGGCUGCUGUCUCCUUCCUAUUUGGUGACCGACCAGAAAAUAAAGUAUUCUAGAAACAUCCAGGCGGAAUCAACAUCAUUUGUGGAAAACCUGUUCAACGGACAGUUGGCGCCUAAAAACCUCCUUCCUUUCCCCACAGCUCUCUCGCCGGAGCAGGCCCAGGUCUUGCAAGCCAUGGUGGACCCCUGCGCCCGGUUCUUCCAGGAAGUCAACGACGCAGCUGCCAACGAAGAGCUGGGCAGCAUCGAAGAGGAGACGGUGGCGGGCCUCAAGUCAAUGGGCUGCUUUGGGCUACAGGUGCCGGAGGAGCUGGGGGGCAUCGGGCUGACCAACACACAGUACGCUCGCAUGGUGGAAGUGGUUGGGAUGCAUGAUCUCGGUGUGGGCAUCACCCUCGGUGCCCACCAGUCUAUUGGCUUCAAGGGCAUCCUCCUCUUUGGAAACAAGAGCCAAAAGGAAAAAUACCUCCCCCGGCUGGCAUCUGGUGAAGCGUGUGCGGCCUUCUGCCUGACCGAACCAUCGAGCGGCUCGGACGCAGCCUCCAUCCAGACGGUGGCUGAGCUCAGCCCCUGCGGGGGCUUCUACACACUCAAUGGGAGCAAGAUCUGGAUCAGCAAUGGGGGCACGGCCGAGGUUUUCACGGUGUUUGCCAAGACUCGCAUCAAGAAUGUCACCACGGGGGAGGAAACGGACAGGAUCUCGGCCUUCAUAGUGGAGAGAGCCUUUGGGGGGGUGAGCAGCGGCCCUGCGGAGCAGAAGAUGGGCAUCCGUUGCUCCAACACGGCUGAGGUGCACUUUGAGGACGUGAAAGUGCCCGCGGAGAACCUGCUGGGAGGACUUGGCAGAGGCUUCCAGGUGGCCAUGCACAUCCUCAACAACGGCCGCUUCGGCAUGGCUUCGGCACUGGCCGGCACCAUGCGCGGAGUCCUCCUCAAGGCGGUAUGUUGGCAAGGAAUCUGCGAUGCCUGCAGCAGGGGGGGGGGGGGCUGGCCUGGGCCAAGAGGACCCCAGCCUCUCAAGGUUCCUCACUCUGGGUCUGCGCAGGUGGAUCACGCGGCCGACCGGCAGCAGUUUGGAAAAGCCAUCAGCCGCUUUGGGCUCAUUCAGGAGAAGCUGGCACACAUGGCCAUGCUGCUCUACGUGACCGAAGUGAGUACGGCCGGCCAGGGCCUUCUUCGGGGUGUUCCCCCCCGCCGGUCCCUCAAAUGGUAUAACCUCACCUGCAAGAUGGGCUUCAGGUGGCUGCCCUGGACGCUCCCCCCCCCACUUGAGGGGUGGCACAGCCUCGGAUGGCAGGGCCCCGGAGUGAAGCUGCCCAUCUGCCCCUUGCAGGCCAUGGCCUAUGUGCUGAGUGCCAAUAUGGACAUGAAGGUGCCCGAGUACAAGCUGGAGGCGGCCAUCAGCAAGAUCUUUGCCUCCGAGGCGGCCUGGACUGUGACUGACGAAGGCAUCCAGAUCCUGGGGGGGAUGGGGUACAUGAAGGAGGCCGGCGUGGAGAAAGUCAUGCGCGACGUGAGGAUCUUCCGCAUUUUCGAGGGCACCAAUGACAUCCUCCGCUUGUUUGUGGCUCUGUCGGGCAUGGAGUAUGCUGGGCAGACGCUGAGCGCCCUGCGCAAGGACCUUUCCAACCCCCUGCUGCACAUGGGAUCCAUCUACAAGGAGGUGGCGAUGCGAGCGAAACGCAAAGUCGGGGUCCCCACUGGCCAGACGCUGCAGGACCUCGUCCACCCACAGCUGGAAAACUCCGCUGCUCUGGUGAGAGUCCCGGGUGAGGCCCAUCGGGGCGGGCAGCUACCUCUGGGCAGCCAAGAGCCUUCCCUGCUCCACGCUCCUCUGUCCGAAGAAACCUCCCAUGCAUGGGGCCCCAUUUGGCCGAGCCUCCACCCCAGCCCCGUUUCUCUCCUCCCCUGGAAGGUCACCAGAGCUGUGGAGCUGUUUGGCGAGACCAUCGAGGGCCUCCUCUUGAAGUACGGCACAGCAGUGAUGGACAAGCAGUUCCACCUAAGGCGCAUUGCAGACGCCGCUAUCGACACCUACGCCAUGGCCGUGGCCUUAUCCAGGGCCAGCCGUGCCCUCUCCCUGGGCCAGCCCACUGCCCAGCAUGAGAAGCGCUUGUGCCAGACGUGGUGCCAGCAGGCCUUCCUCCGGGUGCAGGCAUCUCUGCAGGAAGCCAAAUCCGCCAGCUGGGAGGAGGUCUUCACCAGCAUGAAGCUGAUCUCAGACGCCAUGGUGCAACACAGGAGCCUCGUGGCUUCCCAUCCCCUGGGCUUCUAGGGGUUUUGUUUAGCAUGGAACCAAAUAAAGGCUUAUAUUAUCCUUCUACUAAAGCGGUCGUCUUCACGUGGUUUGCUGAUGUCUCUGCCCUCUUGUCCAGAUGUGAAAAGCGGACAGCUCUUCACAUCUGGAGAACUGACUGACUGGCAUUCAAGAUGCACGAAGCCGGUUCCCUCGCUUGACCCGCAAGGAAGCCCAACAAAGGAGGAGUUAAAAGUACAAGUGAGGAAGAGGCUAAGGGGGUUUUUUUUUAGUUUACUUUAGAAUAUGAUUGAUAAAGAUUUGUACCCUGUAUUUGC